ACGCUUCCGCCGCGGUGCCUUGUGGGUAGCCGGCCAGGGGGGGGGUCUCCUGGCGACGACCAUGGCGGGGGAUGUGGGUGGUCGCAGCUGCACGGACUCGGAGCUGCUGCUGCAUCCUGAGCUGCUGUCCCAGGAGUUCCUCCUCCUCACCCUGGAGCAGAAGAACAUAACUGUUGAAAACGACGUAAGAGUGAAUAAAGACAACCUCACUGACCUUUACGUCCAGCAUGCCAUACCGUUGCCUCAGAGAGAUUUGCCAAAGAACAGAUGGGGGAAGAUGAUGGAAAAGCAAAGAGAACAGCGUGAAGUAAAAAUUGAGACCAAAAGGAAUAGUGCUGUAGACGGAUUAAGGAAAAGACCCCUCAUUGUGUUCGACGGGAGCUCAACCAGCACAAGCAUCAAAGUGAAAAAGACAGAGAACGGGGCGGAUGACAGGCUCAAGCCUCCCACCCAGACAGGCUCUACCCGGGAUGCCUUUCGGAAAUUACCUAAUUCCUCUUCGAGGGUUUCACCCCUGGUUUUGGUUUCCAGUUUGCCUAUGAACAAUAAGAUGGAGCACAAUAAUAAUGACACUAAACAGAACCAUGACUUAACACAUAGGAAAAGUCCUUGUGGGCCUGUGAAGUCGCCGCCUUUGUCCCCUGUUGGAACUACUCCUGUGAAAUUAAAGCGGGCUGCUCCUAAGGAAGAGGCAGAGGCCACGAAUCCCCUGAAGCCUCCAGAAACAAAGAGGAAGAUUCAACAUGUUACAUGGCCGUGAAGGGAGCCCUCAGAAAUGUAAAUAGAGUGCAGCCACAGUUGUCAGAUGAGUCCACAGUGUUUACGGAGGUCCUGAUCACUGUGGGAUUUUGAGGUUUAAAAUAGGUUUGGAAAAAUAAGUCUUCCCUUCCUUUCCUCCCCCUCCCUCCAUCCUUUUUCCCUUCCUUAAAAUGUCUUGGCAUUCAUGGCCCAGUUAGGGAAGAAUUUUUUUUAAUGUAGCUUUGUACACAUCCUUUAUAAAUUGCUUUUCCCAAACAGAAGCAUAUAGCAGUUCACAGUGUUCUGGUAAAUACUGCCACCUGUAUUGUGAAGGGUUCACCAAAAAAAGCGUGUUGCCGGUGUUCCUGGGAGAGCAUUCUGCGCUUCAGUUUCCUGUGCCACUUUGUCCUAUGGAAAGCAGAAGGAAAGUCAGGGCUUGCUGUCACUUCUCUCAGUGUCAGAAGCUGCUCGUGCGUCUUUAGAAUGUCCCUGUUGUGCAGGGGUCCUACUCUUUCCUCAAGGGGCUUGAGGUCUCAUUGUGAGUUCAGCUUGUCUUGUGAGUUUUGUCUUUUUAAAAUGAGACUGAUUUCAGAGUCUUCAGGCUGGGCGAUCAUGCGAGAGGCAGUAUUUGACAGCAGAGAGUCUGGGAUGAUGGGUGUGAGAAUUCUGGCAUUAGGGAAGCCCGGAGCGUGUGGCAGUGGUGGGGGGUGCUUAUUGGUAUGUGGUGGGGUAGACAGUUGUCAUUGUCAGGCCACUGGAAUUGGAAUUCACUGUAGAGUGCAGCUGAGAAGUGGACUCGUAGCUGAACGAGGUUCCUGUGCUAAAAUACAACUUUCUGUAGGGCUGUCCCAUGCAGGGUUAACUGACAGUCUUUUUGUUUUGAUGCAAGUAGCAUUAUCCACUAUAAUGCAGCAGAGUGAGAACAUACUGUUUGCUUUACAUUCACGACUUCUAGUAUCUGCUGCCUCCUUUAUAUUUCUAACUAAGAGCAAAGAUACUUCAUACCUUUUCCAUGUAUAAUCUUGAGAUUGAUGGUUUGCCUUGUUGGCCUUAGGGUCAUCUCUUUUCUUUGAUUUGUUAAAGCAAGCGUUUUAGAUCAGUUAUCGACUAGCCUUACAAAACAUAAUUCAGCCUUGCAGGUAAGUACUGUUCUUAGACAUCAGCCCUGUAGUUUUUUAGUGUUCUGCUUUUUUUCCCAGACUAAGUUUGUAUACAUAAGACAAAAUUGAUGCAUCUUAAGUGUUGCAUGACUUGUUGAUGCUACAGUAAGAUUCUAAAUAUAUUGUUAUCUGCAGGGCUGAUUAAGUAAUAUUGUUGAUGGGAACUGUGCUCCUAUAUGUAAUUGUCAAGGGAGAUUUUCAAAGUGCACCUUUUAGAAUAGAAUGACACAUUAUAUUUUAUAUUCAGUUGACCCUUCUGCUUCCACCGGCAUUUCUCUCUUUGAAGAGAGUAUUAGCCAUUUGACAGUUUUAAGUCAGUGGGAACUUAUUUUUAGUUACUUGGUGAAAUUAAUUUUUAAUUUGUAUGUUUAACUUACAGAGUAGGUUGGUAAUAACAGCUGAACUGUGUAACAUUGUUGCUUCAAAUUGAAGUUUAUAAUAUGAACAUUCAGCGUCUACGCUCACAUAGCAGCAUAUUAUUGAGCUGUUUUGAGUUUGCGAGGUGGAGAAGCAUUGAACCAGGCACUGUGUAUUAUGUACUCCCUUCAUCACAGCUCUGUGCCUCCCAAGGGGAUCAUGGAACUGGCUUCCUCCAUGUGAUGAAGCGUGCCAAGCACUGGGAAUCUGGAGAAGCAGCUUGGGGGUCUUGUUCUGAAGUGGUGUUUCUGUGUGGGUUAGAAGGACUUGAUGUGAGUGGUGAGCAAUUCUGGAGUAACUUCACUCGCUAACAUAGGGUUAGUAUUGUUGCCUUUGAUUCUGUGUCCCAACGAGGCCAGCACUUCUGAUUCCUGGGUUGGGUAAAGGAAUGGCACUGGAAUCAGUGGGUAGAUUGUGAGGUGUGAGAGGUACCACAUCGCCAUCAGCAAGUCAGCCUUGCUCUCUUCUCCUACCUGUGUACACCCUACUCUUUCCCAUUCUCCUUUCUUUCCUCUCUAGGUCUCAGCUUCAGACUUAGAUUUGCAAGUUGUAUUGUGUCUGUGACCUUACACCAUUCACUAAGGGGGGAAGAUAGUCUGACCCCCAGCCCUCUUACAUCUGGGGGAAUCAUAGACCACUGUGUGGGUCCUACAGUCUGGAACCCUGUAGCACCAGGGCGCUACAUUGCUUCUCAAAGGCUGUUACAGCAGUAUAGCUUUCCAAAGUAGCCUUAUUAGUCUAGACCGCUGCCAGACACUUGGAAGAGUGGCUCGCUACUGUCAUGAGGCUGUAUUUGCUGGUAUUAAAACUCUUCCGAAUUGAAGUGUUUAUUUGAAAUUAUAUUUUGGUUGACUUAAGUUUGAGAGACAGUUCUAAAACCGAUGUAGAGACUCAUUCAACAGCAAUGACCUUUAAAAACUUACAUUAAGUAAAACUGCCAGUAGACUAAAUCAUCCCUGUGUGUUAGAGCUUCUACGUACUGCUGUGGAACUUGAGCAUUGUUGAGAGGCUACUCAUUGGUCAACAUGUUUUUAAGUGUGCUUUUACUAAAUGCUUGUGUAAGUUUUGUAAUUCAGUAUAGAAAAGGUUGACCUUGUAAUGUACGUUUUUUGUAUGUAUACUCUUUUAAGUAGCCUUGUCUUUAUUUAAAUAAACUGAAUAAAAUUA